CAGCGCUGAGCGACACCAGCUUAAGCGCUGCAGGUCCGUAAACAGUGCGCCCAGCCCAGCCUGUUACAGGGAUAGAGUGAAACAGGUUACAGUCAUGUCAUCGGGAGGUGAUUGCUGGGGGACGGCCAUGCUCUGGGGAUUCCUGGUGCUGUGGGUUGCACCUGUGGUGGAGGGAGAGGAGGCCUGCGAGUGUCCCAAAGCAACCAUUUUGCAGACGUUUCCCAGCGCCGUGUCCUCUGGGGCCUGCUGCUUGAAUUACUCCGGCUCUUCCUUUGGCAGCGUCAAGUGGAGCCUCUUCUCUCAGCUGCAGGCCCUUAAGAUACUGGAUCUUUCCAGCUGCAACAUCACAGAGAUCCAGGACGUGGCCGCUUCCGAUGGCCUCCUCCUUCGAGAGCUGUUCCUGAACCACAACAGGAUAACUCUGCUGCCCGAGCGCUUCCUGGCCAACGCCAGCAACCUCAGGGCCGUCCACCUGGAGGACAACAGGCUGGACAGGCUGCCGGAUCACUUUCUGCGGGCCUCCGAUGACUUGGAGGAGCUGUAUCUUGACUUCAUUCGGCCAUCGGCUCUCGCCCUUGGGCUCCUGAAGCCAAGCCUGCAGAAGCUGGAGCUCGGCAACAAUUCCCUGGACUGCUCAUGCGCCCUGAUAGAGACGUUGCAGGGAUACAGUAAGCCACAGGGGGUUAAUGUCACUGAUUGGAGCCGGGUGUUGGAAAAUCUGACCUGCGCCUCUCCUGAGAACUUAAAUGGCAAAAGGGUGUGGAUGGUCCACAGUACAGAGGUGUGCAGGUCCCACCGGCUGACGGCCCUCUUUGUUCUCCUGCCCCUGGCUUUAGUCUUGGUCCUUUUGUUUUGCUGGUGCUGUGGGAGGAAGAGGAAGAGGAAAGAGGGCACCUUUAAACCAGCCAAGCACGCCAACCACCUGAGCACAGUGGACCGGAACGGGUCGGACUGGAUGCUGGAUCGGUACCAUCACUACAAGCCCUGCGAGGUGCCGCUGCCCAGCGAAGGGGAGAAGAACGUCCUCCUAAAAAACCAGCUGAUGCUCAGGCCCUCCACCGCCUUACUUGGCAGCAGCCGGGACCUCUACGAGGAAGUGGAAAUCAGACUGGGCUCGGUGGACUCUUUGGUCCCGCCCAUCUCUGACAUCACCAACAUGGCCUCCAGCAUGGACUCUCAGGAGAUCAGGCAGCCUCUGGAGGACGGCAAGCCAGACGUGGAAACUGUGAGUGUUUCUGAGGUGCUGAAGGACUCUGCUGACCGGGAGAAGCUGUACCUCACCCAGUCUACCGAAUACUACAACCUGGUACCAGGCAUUGACCUUGAGGACUCAGAUCAUGGAGAGUAUGAAAAUGUAGACCUCUCGUGAAAUUAAUAUUGAACAGUUUAAGCAAGCCCUCCCUUCUUACUGUGCACUGGCUGUGCACGAUGAUCAUGCACAGUUUUGAGUCAGAUCCGUAGGACUUCACACCUUUGUGAGCACCGUUAAGGAGGAAUGUAGCAUUGAAAGACAGGUAUCUGUAUACAUUCUGAAUGCAGGGACUGAUGUGAUGUUUUUUGUCCAUUGCAGUGGUAUUCCUUAUUAACGUAAGGAAAUGUUUUUGAUAUAUGAGGACUUUGGAAGUGCAACCCUAAAAAAAAAGACUGAAAUAUUCAUUAUUAAACACAGAGGAAAAUGAUAUGGUUGAAAUGGCUGUGGUUCUAGCCUUCACCUGCGCUGUGCACUUUCUUAAGCAUAUGUUUCCACAGCCCAGCUUUGCUGUGGUUGAAUUCAAUACAGGAGUUCAAACACUGGGUUUCUUUUCUAAAUAUGUGCAGUUGGGACCAUUGUCCUGAGAAAUGACGGGUGAUGGGCAAACCGCUCUAGUGAUUUUUUUUUGCCCUGAGGAGAUAGUGAAGGUGUUGGGUGUUGUUCCUGUCCAGUUUGCUUAGUGUACCGUACUGCUCCUCAGAGUGAGGUAUGCAUGUAUGACCUUCUCACACAGGUCAGUCUUAUAGUAGCAUACCAUCGCACUGACAGUGCCUUAAAGCAGUCCACUGGAAAGAAAUCCAAAUGUUGUGUUUUUUUUCUGCUUUUUGAUAACGUUAUAGGAGGCACAUUGGGUGACUAUGAUUUCGGAGCCUCCUUGAGAGAACUUCUUGCUUAGGCAUGUUUAAAUGGUCUGCUGACUAUCUCAGAGAGAAAUUCCUAGUCUUUAUAAGAACAGCAUCUCACACACACACGGCACCUCAGUUGUGAAAGGUUACUAUUUGCUAAUGAAAUUUUUUUCGACCUAGAUCAGAUCAGCUCUGGGAGAGGUGGGGGGAAGUGGAAAAAGCUGAUCAAGAUAAGCAGCAGGGCAGUGAAGAGCAGAUAGGAUCAAGGGACUUGCUAAUACAUGCUCACAAGCAGCUAGCAAACAGAAACUUCCCACAAGAGCUGCUAAAUAAAGCAUACACUCAUACCUUGCAUCUGUCUAUAUAUGUUUUAAAAAGUCUAGAUUCCACCCAACAGAAAACAAUUCAGGUCUGAUCAGAGUUUUCUUGACUUUUAGACAAUCAAAAUGGCCACAUGUAACAGCGUGGUCUGCUACAUAAAGUAUCUCAGUCUCGAGAGGGGGUGGGGGACUUCCUGGAAUUUAAGAAUAAGUUGCAUUGUGUUUUUUAAAAGAACUUGUGCCCAUUUUAGAUCUCAAGAACUCUGUUUAACUUUUAUAAGUAGCACAGACCUUUACAGUUGUAUACAGAUACUGUAAAAAAUCUGUUAAAAGCAAAAUGUUUUAAGCAGGACAAACCACUCCACUUAGCGAUGCACUGAAGCACAGUAGAAAACAAAUACUGCAAGGCACUGAUUGUACAUCAUCAUUUGGUCCUAGACUUGCAAGGCACCAGCAUUUUUUUCGAGAUAAAGAAUUAAUUUUAUAUGUCUAAUUUCUUUUAAGAAAUGUUUGU